UCACGCUGAAAUUUGCCAUGUAAGCUUAUAACAGUCCUACCAAAAAACCAAAAAUUUAUUUUUGCCAUAUGUCAUCCGCGGACCGUUUUAUUUAUAACGUCUCGUUCAUAUUUGAGCAGAAGGUAUAACAGCUUAAAAUACACUUAUGGUGCACUCGAAAGAGGAUAUAUGAUUUAUAUUAACAUACGGAAAAAUUCUUUGAUAUCCAAUGAAAACUCCAGUAACUCCAGCGAAACCUCGUUUUCGACUUAUUUUUAUUUAUUAUAUUUUAUUAGCCAUAAAACCUGUGUAGCGAUUAUGGGUGAAUAUUGGGUAUUUAAAAAAAAACGCACCUAGAUGCUGUGUUAAAAUAAAACAUGUAACAAUUUAGAUUCUGAGGUUUCAAUAAAAUACGGCUCUUAACAAUUAUAUGUAAAAAUGCCAUCGUUUAAAUGCCUGCCAUGAGCACAUCUACAGAAAUUUUACUUUGUGACAUUAUAAAAUAUUUAAAAUAGAUAUUCUACAUAUUCCACUUUUUCACACUUUAGCAAUCUUUCGCUUGGUGUGUUGAGCUGGCAUUAACGCAACCAGAUUGGUCUAUAAUUUUCUGACAUUUGUGCAUACAUGACACUCUUUUUGAGCAAAAGCAAAAUAUUGAAUUUUAGUAUCAUUUAUUUGCUUCCUAUUUGCCGCUCUAUUAUUUUUUCAAACGAAUAACUUCGAAAACUGAAUUCCUAAAGACGCAUUAUACAAUUCUAAUGAUUAGCUAUAAAGAUUCUUGAAUAUUAUUUUAAAAGCAAACGACAUUGAGUGCAUGUUCAGCUUUUUUGCUGUUAUUGUUUGUUGUAUAAGCGUACAGGAGGCAUGCUUUGCAAUUAUCUCACAUAACAUUUUAAUAAUCAACUAAUUUUGUGUACACUUACACACACGCACAUAUGCAUGCAUACAUCCACUAGUAGUAUUCUUGCUUAUUUUCGCUGAGAGCAAAGUCAAAAAUUCACAAUAACAAGGUGUCUGCAUACAUACAUACAUACAUACACACAUACACACACACGAGGCAUAUAAAUAUAUAUUUACAUAAGCAGUGGAAUAAGAAGUAGGUAGCUAUGUAUGUAUGCAAGCAUGUAUGUAUGUAUAUGUAAACGCUGUCAGCAGAAGUCAACAUUCAGUAAAGUAUUCUUGGCUUACGUCAUAUGGCAAUAGUAUUAGAAGUAGAGUAACGAGCAAUAGACGAAUAUCGUAAAGAGGAGUUAAUGAUUAGCACAAACGGAAGAAUUUCUGUAUAGACGAUGAAGCGUGAAUAUAAAUAUAAUAAAAAAAAAACAAAUUUACAAAUAAUAAAGCAAAAAGCGCGCAAUAUGCAUAAAUACUCGUAGUAGAGUCGGAGUAGCAAAGUAAGAGCUUUAGAAGUGUGGGGGAUAUGAGUUAUUUUCUGAUGUUUGUAAGCCCAUACAUAUGCGUGUAUAUACUAAAAACUGUGAUUGUGCGCGUUUUAGUGUAUUUUUUGUUGACUUCGUGUUGUUCACAUUGUUGUCAAAAUCUUAAAACCGUCAACAUUUUUCAAAGCACACAUACAUGCAAGCGAGAAGAAAUACCGAUAAGAAUGUUGAGAAUGGUUGUUUUUUUCAAUUUAUUUUGUUUUCCAAUACUUUUUGUGUUCAUUGGGUCCAUAUAUGUAUGCAUGUAACGCUCGCUUUGUUGUUAUUUCUAUGAGAUUGAGACGUGUUAGUUGAGCAUGGAGCAUAAGCUGAAUAAAAUCAUUCAUUAAAGAUUGAAGGAGAUUAAAAAGCACGAAUUAAAAACUAUUUGGGCUAUCAAAUUUAUGAAAUAAGAAACAUUUGAGGCAAAUUUACAACUUUUUGAAUUUGAAACUUUUGAACUGAACCUCGCAUUUGACUUUUAUGCCACACUGUGAGCGAAGUAAAUACUUAAUUUGCUACAUUUUUUUUAAUUUAAUUAUAUAGAAAAUUUCGCUCGCUUUGAGUUUGGCCGCAGUCAACUGGUCAAAACGUGGCGCCUGUAUUACUACUCGCCCUCCUGAAAUUUCUUCUGUUCCAAAUAUUUUUGCAAGCUAUGUAGGUGACGCUGGUAGGCUACAUCUCUACAUGUGUAAAACUAAAAAAAAAAAGCAUACACACAUACAUAUGUAUAUAUUUUUCAAUUCAAAAUUAACUUAUUAUAAUAUUUUUGUUGUUUGUUAGUUCUGCUGCCAAGCGUCAGCGACAGCAACAGCAACUCUAUAAAGCGCUCACACUGCACACAUUGCUACUAAGCUCACAUACACACUCAUACACACAACGAUAUAUGCGUAUGCGAGUGUGUGCUGAUUGUAGCUUCAUCGGCAAUCGGCGUUGGCCAGCCGACCUGGCUCGCUGACUGAUUGCCUGACUGCUUGGCUGGCUAUUCAGCUUGCUGGGUAACUACGUAAGCAUGUACGCGUGAAUACACAUACAUACAUAUAUGAAUGUGUGUGUGUGUGCAUGCAUGCAUGUUGGUAUGUAGUUGGCUGGCUGACUGACUCUCCAACUCUUUUAGCCUUUUCGGCAGUUCGGCGUUUUUAGUGCGAUUUCAACGUUUCACAUCGCUUGUUGUUCAUAGUCGUUGUCGUCGUCGUCGUCGCCGUAUCCGUCUCUGUUGCCGCUUGCGUUUCGCGUCCGCAUCCGGUUCACGUUAUCAUCCAACAAAACAACAACAAUUAGGAAAAAAAGCAACAACGAAAAAAAUUUUAAUUAAAAAUUGUGUCCUAUCUCAACAAACAGUUCAUACAAAAACAUUCCCAGUGUAAAAAACGCGUCCCAGUACAUAAAAAUCUCUGAUCCAAAGGAACAAAAGACAUCAAGAAAAAAUAUUUCAAACUAAAUACCAUAAACUUCAUGUAAAUUCACAUCAAAUGCAAAGAAAAACGCUAAAAAGCAAUGUGAUAUUAAAAACAAAAUAAAAUAAAAUUGACCUCAUCAUAGUGCUUAUUGUGAUUGAAUGUGCAUCAAAAUCAGUGGAAAAGCGCCAAAAUAAAAAUAAUAUCAUCGUUCAGAACUAUAUAUAAACAAUCCAUCAACAAAUUAAACCCGACAUACAAAGUUAACUCAUCAUCAGUCUUAGGAAGCAAUAAUAACACAUACAUACUCAUAUUUAGUUGUAUGUAUGCAUUGAAGUCGUUCGAGCCAUUUGCGAAUAAACUCAUAACUCAACGUGUGCACAUAUUUGCAAAAAAAAAACAAAAUAAUUCAAAUAAAACAACCUCCCAUAAAAACAAGCAUACCAGCAUAUCGCAAUAAUUUCAUAUUACUUUUAUAUGCAAGCAUAAAUCUAUAUAUAUGCACGUAACGACAAAUCUGACGAAUGCUCUCAAACGUCUACAUCACCCAAUGUGCAACAGCAGCAUCCAGCACAUCAACUACAUAGAACUACUAUAGUAUUUAGUAUGCUAAACUUCAGCAAAUAGUAUUUUAGCAUUCUCAUUGGAAUCCAAAUCGUAAUUGACAUUUGGCAUUUCAAGCAUUCGAGGCAUCAAACAUUGACAUCAGUAUCAGCGCCAGCAUAACGACAUCUCAGCAAAUGUAAUAUGUGUAAAUGUGUCAACACCUAAAAGUACACAUCGGCACUCACAUGCUCACACAUGUACGUAAAUGGAAUAGAACACAAGUAAAAUAAAUAAUAAGCAUCGAAAUCAAGUCAUCCGAAGUGAGAACUGCACGAAACGCACAGCAGCAUUCACAGCAUUCAACAGUUGACACUCACAGAGCGGUUAUAGCAUAUAAACUUAUUCAUACAUGCAUACAUAUAAAUAUAUGCCGGUAUACGUACAUACAUGUUGUAUACGCUCAUAUAUAUGUACAUCUAAGUGAAGUUAAGACAUACGGAUCACAGUUCAAUAAUAAUUACGUCAUUGCACAUUUCAUCGAGCUCUAAUUGCUGCCGACCAACAACAUCAUUGCCAUUCUGUUAGUAAGUCAGUGAGUCGCUCGGUCGGUCGAUUAGUCAGUGAGGCGUCAAAGCAGCAGCAGCCACGGUUCUUCAAUCUACAUGUCAUACACAAAGAACAACGCUGGAGUGCAGCUGAAAGCAAAGGCGAUUUGAGUAGUGGGCAACAUAGAAAAAACAAAACUAAACAAAAGAAAAGUGUAAACAGCAGCCAGCAAAAGCUCUACUGAAGUUUCAUUUAGAACGUUUAAGAGACAAAAAAACACCCAAAAUAGAUUUGCGCACGCCAAUGAUAAGAAAAAUUGUUAGUGCAACAACCAACAACAACAACUACGAAUAUUGUUAAACAACAAAUGAGUAGAAAAUCGACGGCAACGUGUAAAAAGACCAUCGAUGACAAACACCAUAGUUGUCAGUUUCGUGAAAAUAGACAACAGCGUAUAAGCGUUUAUACCAGUUAUACACGAAAAUUGGCAAGAAUAUCCAGGAAAGAAAUAUAGAAAUAGAAAUCCAUUAACAUUGACUGCGUUAAAAAACAAGUCAGAGGAAAAGUGAUAAGUGGGCCAUUCAGAAGUAUCGCAACUUAGGCAAAACUCAACAAAGCUCGUCACUAGUGACACAACGUGAAAACGAAGCACAAAGUAUAACUAUAAAACAAAAAGGAAUACAAAUAAUUUAAAAUUCAAAAACAUCAACAUUAUUCCGGCCAUUAGCAACAACCACACCCAUUUUUUAUUAUCUUAAAUUUAAUUGAAAGACUGAAAGCUUAAAGAAGCCACGGCAUAAGUACCUAUUAAACAUUCACAUAGAAAAUACGCUACAUUUGACGCCGUUGCUAUUACCGUCCCCACAAGUUGCUGCAACAAAUAGGACUCAAUAUGAGCCAACCGAAUUCGCCGGCAACACUACAGCAACAAUUACAAUUGCAGGCGAAUUGUGCCAGUUCGGUUGAGAGUUUAAUGAGCAACGCUUUCGAUUUGAUUGGUGGCGCCAGUGCAGCGCAGCAAUUUCUGAAUCAUAUGGAUUUGUAUGCACAGCAACAGCGUCAACAGCAUCAGCAACAAUUUAACUACCUGCAGCAGCAGCAGCAGCCGCAGCAACAACAGUUGCUUUCGCAUUCACAUAUGGCCAAGUCACCGUCCUCAUCGCCGACCAAUUUCGGUAGUGGUGGGAGCAGCAACAGUAGCAGCCAUAGCAAUAUAACCAUCACCACCAAUAAUUUGCAUACAAACUACAAUCAUCAUCAACAACAACAACAACAACAACAACAACAGCAGCAGCAGCAGCAGCAGCAUGCAGUCGCCGCAGCAGCGGCAGCAGUGCAACAGCAUUUAGGCAAUAAGCAUUCCAUAUCGUUGACAUCUUCGCCAAUCACAUCACCAACAAAAUCGAUUCUCACACAAGUGGCCGCGGCGGCCAGCAGUGUCGGUGCUGGUGCCGUUAGCGCCACCAGCACAACAACCACCUCGCCGCCGUCAUCGUCGCCGCCAACCAUUCUAAAUAGUUUCAAUUCACAACAUCAUUUUAAUUUACAUCAUAAUAAUCACCAGAUGGAUUUGCAACAACAACAGCAACAGCUCCAACGGGAGUCUGGCACACAGAAUAUUAACACCGGUAUGAAUAGCGCUAAUAAUAACAACAACAGCCCAAACAGCGAACUGCUUUCGAAUAGUGCGUCAAUGGGCACAACCACCCCCACCGGUGGUAUAAGCCCCAAUGGUGGCGGCCAUCAACAUCAACAACAGCAACAGCAGCAGCACAACCAUGCACAUGCGCACGCACUCGCGCAACAUCAGCAGCAUUCGCACCAGCAUCACCAUCAUCAGCAUGGCAGCAGCACAUCGCCGUUCAAGCCGCCAAGUUCAGCGUCCUGUUGGUGUUAUGGUGAGUCAGUUUGUUCGGGAAUUGAGGUUGAAAUUGAAAAUAAUAACAAUUUCUCUCAUGGCGAUUCAUCGUAUCAUAUGAAGAUCCUUGUGCCAGCAGUGGCCUCUGGUGCCAUCAUUGGCAAAGGUGGCGAGACGAUCGCCUCUUUGCAGAAAGACUCCGGUGCUAGAGUUAAGAUGUCUAAGUCCCAUGAUUUCUAUCCAGGUACUACCGAGCGUGUUUGCCUCAUCACUGGCUCCGUGGAUGGCAUUAUGUCGGUUAUGGAUUUUAUUAUGGAUAAGAUACGCGAGAAGCCCGAUCUUACCACUAAAAUUAUAGACAACGAUUCUAAGCAAAAUCAAGAUCGUGAUAAGCAAGUGAAAAUUUUGGUGCCUAAUUCCACAGCCGGCAUGAUUAUCGGCAAAGGUGGUGCUUUCAUUAAACAGAUCAAAGAGGAGAGUGGCUCGUAUGUGCAGAUUUCACAGAAACCCAAAGAUAUUUCAUUGCAGGAACGUUGCAUCACUAUUAUUGGCGAUAAAGAGAAUAAUAAAGCUGCUUGUAAGAUGAUACUCUCCAAGAUUGUUGAGGAUCCUCAGUCCGGUACAUGUCUUAAUGUGUCAUAUGCCGAUAUUAGUGGACCGGUGGCUAAUUUUAAUCCGACUGGUUCGCCGUAUGCCACCAAUCAGAAUGCCAUUAAUACGAGUACCGCUUCAUUGAACUCCACAUUGGGUCAAACCAUCGGCGGCGGCGCCACUGCUGCAGGUCUAUUGGUAAAUGGCACUGGCAUCAAUUUAUCAUUGAACUUGGGCUCACCAAAUCCAGCACCCAACUUGGCUGUGGCUACACAAUUACUUGAGCACAUUAAGGUUGCUCUACGCGGCUCUGGUUACUCAGAGACCGCCACCAACGAAGUGUGCGCCGCUCUAGGCGUACUCGCCAAGUACGGCGUGUUGGGCAUGGGAGUCGGUGUACCGCAUGCUAAUGGCACAACCACACUCGGCAGCUAUCAUCUGGGUGUUUCGGCGUUGGAUCAGCAGACAGCUGCCGCCGCCUCAGCGGCUACUGCCGGCAACGUUUUCGGUGCAGUGGGUCAAGUAAAUCUGGAUCAAUAUACAGCGGCAGCGGCCGCUGCUGCUGCAGCAGCUGCCAGCCGUCCGACACAGUCGCACCUGGAAGCGGCCGCCGCCGCCGCACAAUUCGAUCCGUUCCGUCAUUUGAGUACGAAUGCCGCCACAGCGGCACAAGCCGCCACACCGGUAUCGCUGAAUAAUAAUAGUUUCGGUUUAACAGCGGCCACCGGCACCACGUGUACCACGGCGCAAACCUUAAGUGCUGCAACACACUCGCUUAGCGGCUUGAGCAAGAGUCCCACACCGGGAGAUUUGGGUGCCAAGGAUACCAAAAAUGUUGAAAUUCCAGAAGUGAUUGUUGGCGCUAUCUUAGGUCCAAAUGGUCGUAGUUUAGUUGAAAUUCAGCAUAUAUCUGGCGCAAAUGUGCAAAUUUCAAAAAAGGGCAUAUUCGCACCUGGCACUAGAAAUCGAAUUGUAACAAUAACUGGUCAACCGAGUGCCAUUGCCAAAGCGCAAUAUUUAAUUGAACAGAAAAUCACCGACGAGGAGACGAAGAGAGCGCGACAAAUUCCAUUAACCACUGUUGUGAAUUAAAGCGAAAUACAAUUAAAAAAAUAUUUAAAAAAGAAAAAAACAAAACAAAAACAUAACCGAAAAAAUAUAUUAAGAAACUCAAAAUAAAAGAAAAAACAAAAACAAAAAUGCAUUCAGAGAAGCAACUACCAUAAUCAUAUAAACCAGACGAAGAGUAAACAACAAAAACAAAAGAAAAAUGUAAAUAGAAGGAAUAAAUUGAAAUACAAAAGUCAGCAACUUAAACGAAAAAGUAGUUAAAUGUUAAAAACAAAAAUCUAAAUUUAAAACUUCACACCACAAAUUCAUAGCAAAACUGCAAAUUUUUUUGCGUUCUCAAAAAAUACGAGUCUAGCGAGGAAAAAGCAACAAAAUGGAAAAUAAUAUUUUAAAAUCGCAGAGAGUUAGUCAAGUAAGGGAAUUAGUAGAAAUUUAACAGACAUUACAAGUGAAGAGGAAAACGUAGAAUGCGUAUAAUGUAUGUUAAAGAUUUUGAAAGAAAGAAUUACGGUAAAAAUUUAUAUACGCGCAUACAUACAAAAGGCCACAGCAAAAGAACAAUAACAACAAAAACCACAACUGAAGUAAUUACUCUUAAAUAUAUAAUUAGGAUGAAUUUUAUUAUUAUUUUUAAUAGCAAAAAACAAAAACAAAAAAAUAAAAAUAAAAACAAAAGAAAAGAAAACAUUGUUAAAAAAUAUUGUAUUUAACUACAAAAGCUCGUUAAUUGUAGUGGGAAUAAAGCGAAAUAUUUACUUAAAGAAAAAAAAGAUGUUAGCAAAGCUAAAAGCAAAUAAGGUAGAAAAAGUGAACUAACCAAAAUAAAAACCAACACCUGAACAGACACAUACAUACAUUUUUCACUUAUGUAGCUAAAUUAUAAAAAAAACAAAAACAAAAAAAAAAAAAAACAAACAACUUUAUUGAAAAAUACUAUUUCUAUGAAAAUAUAUUCCAAUUGAAAGGAAAACCAAAUUUGUAGUUAAAAGCGGAAAUUUUUAGUAAUAAAUUGCCAUAGAUUCUUUUUAGCAAAUUAAAGGAAAUAGUCGAUCGUAAAAAUUUUACAAGCAUUAACUAGUUGAAAGAAGGUGCAGAGAAAAGUAUGUUUCAUAACUUUUAAAACAAUCAAAUCGAUACACUGAAUACACGUAUAGUAUACACAUACACACGCACUCAUGCAAUUCAUUAAUGAAUGUAGGAGGAGUAUAAAAAUUCACAGAAAAAUAAUAAGAUAUAGGUAUGACAAAUUUUUCGCGCCCUCAUAUAUGUAUACGCAGACUUGAAUGCCAAGUAUAAUGGCAAAUUCUGGUCAUGAAACCUCAUUUUUACUACUCCUCUUCAAUUAUUUGCUCAUUCAUGUACAUCACGUUAAAGCGUUUCAGAAAUACUCAAAUCCAAGCUAAAAAAUGUGUGCUGAAUACGAGAUACACGAAUAAUGGCGAAUACUUUUAAAAAUAUUGUACAUUUCCUGGAGAGUCGUUAUAAUGCUUGUUGGCUUGGAUUAAAAUUAAAAUAUCGAGUUCGGGAACAUUCAAAGCUUACAUUUUCUGUGCAUGCAUAUAUUUUGUAAUUUGUUUUUGUUUUUCUUUUCGAUGUUUUUAUUCCUUUUUUGGUUUUGCUACUCUAAUGUAAUAUUACUUCAGUUGUAAUUUUUGUUGUACUUAUAGUAUUUCUACAUUUAAAGACGAAAAAAUGUAAAAUGCACUCGAAAUUUAAUUGGUCGAACAAAUGUUUAUUACACACUCGUCCAUAUAUGAAAUUUUCUGUUAACACGUACUUGCAUAAGAUAUGUUAGCUUAAAUAACAUUGACGAAAUGAUUCCAUUGCAGUUAACAUGCAUCUAACAGCUAUUUACGUUAACUUUGACGAAAUUAUUCCCUUCAAAAUAACAGCUGCAGAUAUUUAAGCUGACAUUCAGAGAUCUAUUUGAAUUUUGAAAGUUCUGUUCAUCAAUUUUCGACUGUUAAUUAUUAUUAUUUCUUUGAAGCAACAUUUUAGAUAAUUAUUUUAAAAUAAGUAGCGCUUUGUUUUUGUGGUUUAUUUGCUGUGAUUACUUGUAAGCUGUUUUAAGUGUCCUUACAUUUUUUGCUUUUGUAUACAAUUGAAGAUUUUGUUGCUUUUGAGACGCCCCAAAAAUACCUAUGAGCAUUUUCAGUGAACUGCGCCAAUUCUCUUACAAACACACACACACAUAUAUAUUAUAUAUAUAACUACACUUCACAUGCAAAUGUAUGCACAUCAGCGCUCAAGCACUUGUGGUAUGAGUUUUGUACUAAACCAAAAACUAAAAAAUGAGAAAAACGAAAAAACUAAAAGACAGACAACUGAAAAAGUAACUAAAAACCUUUGAAGCGAAAAAGAAGAAACAAAACCAAACCCUCGCGCGCGCCCCUCAUACAGCCACCCAUACUAGAAGGUAAAUAUUUAGCUUUUAAAAUUACUUGGUUACGUGGUUUCUGUAUAUUUUAAUUUUCCUUUUUAAUUACUGUUACUGAUCUCCCUGUUUUUUUUUCUGCUAAAAAAAAAACAUUAUUAUAUAACUUUAUAGUUAACUUUUUAAAACUAAUACAACAGCGUCAGUGUGGCAAUGUAAGCAAAGUUAAAAACGAGUAUGGUUGCAAUGCAGUUUAAGAGUUAAUGGAAAGUGCAGCAACCAGCACCACUUCAGAGAGAAUUUUUUGCUUACUUUAAUAUUCAUACAUAUACAUAUAUAUGUAUGUAUGUAUUUUUGAAAUCCCUUACCAACAGAUGUCUAAGUGCUAGUUUUGUUGUUAUUUUUUGUUUUUGCUUUCCGCUUUUCGGUUUUUGUUGCUGAUAGAAUAUUUAUUUUGGAAGUUUUUGUAAUGACUGUGGUUAUGUGCUGUUUACGAUGUGUGUUGCCGAAAUAUGCAACAAGUACAAGAACAACCAAGGGCCAGCACACCAAUACAAAUACACAAAUUGCCAGAGUGUUGCUGAAGAUGAUGAUGAUAGUGAAAAAGAUGUUGUGACGAACGGUUGUGGCAGUUGGCACUGGCUGUCUCGUUGUUGGAAAGUGGUAAAAAUGUGUUGCGCGCAUUCUGAGUCUCCUUACAAUUUGAUUUUUAACAAGCCAUUUACAAUUUUUUUUGCAAUUUUUUAUAAUAAUUUUUAUACAAUUAUUGGUUUGAUUCGAUCUUCCCAGAUUGUUUUUGUGAAUUUAUUAAUUAACUUUUGUCACUUUUAUGCCAGCCAAAUAUUCCUUUUUUGAAACUUUGCCCUUGUACACAAAUAUAUAAGUUACAUACAUAUUUAAUAAUUUGAUUUUAUUAAAAUAAAAAAAAAAUAUAUAUAUAUAUAUUUAUAUAUAUGUAUAUGAUUUUCGUUGUUUAAGUUAUGCUAAUUUUUAAUUAAUUUAAAUGAGGUUAAUUUAGGUAAAAAUGUUAAUUACAUCACAAGUUGCUGUUAGCACUUUUUAAUAAUUUUUCGACGCUUUUAAUUUUGACAUUGAAGUUUUACAAUUAAAAAUUACAUUGUUUUCAUUGCGUGCAUUGUGUGGCGCCAUUAGUUACUUUUAUAUGUGUCAUUUAAUGAUUUUAUUGGUUUAUUUAAAUUUAAAUUAUAAUUAGUUAAAUGUCAAAACAAAUAAAAAUUGAAAAUUUAAAGAAAAAAAAUUUUUUUUUUAAAUAUGUGCAAUUCACAAUGUGUGUAUAAUUCUGUACAUAAUUUUGAUUUAUGUACCCAUGUGCAUACUACAUUAGGUACACUAAUUUUCUGUUUUUCUCAAUUUAUAUGUAAAUAGUCCCGAAAGAGAAAAUAUGCGUAAAAAGACAACAAAUUACAAAACAAAAAAAAAAAAACAAAAAAAUGCAUUUUUAGCAUCUGCAUAACAUUAUUUUUCAGUAAACUUAUUGGUUCUUUUAUUACAUAUACAAUUUAUGUGAAAUAUUUGUUUAUUUAGAAAAAUACAUAUAUACAUUUAAAACUAUGUAUAUUUGGCAAAAACUUGUUGAGUAUGGCAUACGUUUGCGUUAUUUUACGCAUGUUUCAAUUUUGUCAUAUUAUUUCAGAAUUUCAAAAUUACUUAUCCAUUUUAAACCUCUUAAUUAUUUUCACUACCACAUCCGAACUUACUUGUACUUCAUGCAGCUCAUAAGCUAAAAUAUAAAUAUUGUACUUCGCCAUAGAAAUUCACAAGCAAUUCUAGUUUACUUUCAGUGGUCCUCAAAAAUUAAGAAAAAAUUUCAUACGCAUUGUACUUUUUAGUUCUCUGUUUAUACACUUACUUUUUAAGUAUACUUCAGAUUUUAAAAAUUGUAGUUAUUUAAGUUCAUACAAUUCUACAAACAAACAUUAACGAAAUUGUAAGCGUAAAUAAUUACAAUAAAAAAUGCCUUUCUCUUUAAUUCAUGUCAAAUCAAAUAAAUAAAAUAAAUAUAUGAAUAAUUAAAAAAUAGAAAAAAAGAAACGAAAACUGUUGUGCACUUUUAUUUUGUAGUUAUUUGUUUUUAAUACAAAAUAUCAUCGACGGAGGCUGCCAUUCAAUAAGAAUGAGUACGUGCUUGUAUAUCAAUCAAUCAAUCAAGUAUCAGUUAUGCGCCAUCACAUUUCCACCACUAAAAGUCACCAUGCGCAAUACCACUUUCCAACACACCACCCAAACCACAACCACCACCAAUUCACCAUACACCACCGACACCUACGCAAUUAUCACCAUCACCAACACCAAUCCAAAAUCAAACGCAAUCAGUUAGGCUCAAAAGCAUAAACAAAUUUACAGUAAAAAAUCCAAUAGAGUUUUUUCCCCUAACAUUAACAUUUCGAUUGCCAUUUUGUCACAAGUCAAAUCAACAGCACCAUCAUUUUCCACAACUUAAAAAAUAUUUUUUUUUUACUUUUAUUGCAGCGUAUUUUUUUUUUUAAGAUUCAUAGUUUUAAAAUUUACCUUCUGUUUUUUUCGUUAAUUUUGGUUCGCAAAAUUCACUGAAAAUGCUCACUCCUAUGUAUUUUGGUAAUACAUACAUACAUAUUUAAAAUCAAACAGAAAUACAUACAGUUUAUCUUUAAGACCAUGUAAACAUUUAUCACCUCAAACACAUAUGUGAGUACAUUUUUCUCGACGAAAAAAACAAAAAACAAAAGGAAAGAAAAACGCGAAAAAAGAAGGAACGGAAUGCAAUAAAACAUUUUCUUUACAAACAUAAAUGAAUGCAUACACUCGUAAGUACACAUUAUACAAAGUAAGCGUUGUAUGGUAUCUAUGUUAAUGUUAAAUGUUAUAUUCAUAUGUUAUUAUUGCUGUUAAAAUAUGUACUUUAUGUAUAUGUAAACAUGAUUUAAUUAUAUAAUUUUUAAUAAGAAUUUUUGCAUGUGAGUCAAAAGGAGUCAGUUGUUAUAGAGAUAUAAAUGUUGACUAGAGAAAAAAAGGGAAACAAUCCAACAUAAAGCAAAGAAGUGAUCCAAGAUUUAUGAUAAAUUUAAAUGAUAUUUAAUUGAAAUAAAGGUACAUCACAUGAUGCGCGUCGAGCAUAGCCUACAAAUGGGGAUCGCAAUUUUUCGGGAGAAAUGCUGAAAAGGCAAAGUUUUGAAUACGUAACUGUGGCUUAGGGGUUGUAAAUUUUAGUAUUUAUUCCUAAUAUUAUUUUGGGGAAAAUAAAUCUAAUAUUUUCUCAGUAGAUGGCUGUAGUGAUCGAUAUCUCUUAAAGCAUUGAUCAAACAAUUUAAAGUUUAUGCUCUUUGACGAAAAUAUAUACAGCACAUAUGGAAAGAAAAAAUUAACUAUGCGAUGAGGUGAUAGCACUAAGAAGGAGUUUGUAAACUCAAGAUAUGUAAAUUCAAUAAUACGCAAAAAUUUGCAUAUCGAAAGUUUUCGUUAAUAACAAAGCUUACGAAAACAUUUCCUUCGUGCAGCCAUUAAAAAUUGAAUGCAUUGGCAUGUGAAAUGCGGCUUCGCUAACCAAAAUUUUUAUAAGCAUUGCUCGUGCGCCUGAAACUAUGCAAAGACUGACAAGUGCAAAGGAAAUAUUGAGCUUUCUGUAGCUAAUUUUGAAUCAACAAAAAUCUUAGAACACUUUGCCCGUGCGCCUGAAAGUAUGCAAAGACUGUUAUGCUAAAAAAUGUAAAUAAAAAAGAAAACGCUAUAUUUACUUUCUAACUGAAGAAAGGCACAAUGUUUGUGCACCUGAAAGUAUGCAACAAAUGAUAAAAUCACUUGCUGCUUAUCAUUUUAGGUAGAGUGAAGGCUUUGGGCGGUCCAGGCAAUAAAUUUUCUUUAUUUAUGUGCGCUUAUAAAGAUCUUAACAUUCCCCAUUAACCGCCCUCUAAUGCGCCAACCGAGUGCUGCUCGCAGGUUUGGACAUGUUUGUAUUACACAUGACACAUAAACGAAUCGUGCUUGCCCAUCGCUACUUGGCGUUUGUUGUUUUUAUUUUUAAACAAUAUACACUUUUAAUAUACAAAAUAAAAAAUACUGCUGUUUACGGUUUCUUUAUUUGCAAAAAAAUAAGAGCAUCAAGUGAAUAAUGCAUAGUUUAACCGUUUGAGUGCGAUUCGUCGAUAUAGCGACGAUAACUAAUUACUCCAAAUUUGCGGCGCGUUGCUAUAGCGACGAUUGCAUCACUGUGCAUUUGGCGUUCGGCUAGGAACGUGUUGAAUAUUAUUUUGCGAUAUUUAUAAAAAAUUUAUGUCAUAUAAAAGUAUAAAUUAGUUGAGACCGUUAAAAACAAUUUUUAUUUUUCGUUCAAUAUCGAUAUUUUGAAAAUAAAUUGCGCAAAUGUGUAGUAUGUAGUUUAAAAGGAUCUAAAAAUCCAAAGCGUUCCCGGCUAAUAUGCAACAUUUGCAAAAAAGGUGUGCAUGGUACAUGUGUGGGGAACCACAAAUGUGCCAAAAUUUGAAUAAUAAUGCCGGAACUUGUUGUAAAAAAAAAAAAAGUAGAUUUUAAAAAAAUGUAAAUAAGUUUUUCUUAUAAUCAUAACUAAUAGUUUAGUCUACAAAAUAAAAAUAAAAUUAUUGAAAUAUGUAAUUUUUUGUGUUCUCUAUGCUUAUAUUUGUAAAGCCAUCAUAUUUCAGUUUUCUUAGACCAAAUUUUGCUUCGCAAUUUUCGUAUGUAUUAAAGAAAAUCGCUUAGCACUCAAACGGUUAAGCAAUUGUCUCGUGUUUAGUUUUCAUAUAGAGGCUUUUCACUUUCCUGACCCGCGUGAGAAGAGUUCAGCGAGGUCAUUAAAAGAGUGAGUAGUCGGGUAAUAUUAGAUUUUAGUUCUGCUAAUAAGAAAGCUUUACUAUUCAGGAGUUGCCAACCAUUUCACUUAUUUGUUGGCAAUCGAUUAACGAUCCACUCCAGUGGCAUUCCCCAAACAUGUAUGUAAAUGUUUAUGCUGCUAAAACAUGAACAACACCAUUUCCUCAAUUAAUUUUAUUUUGUAAGAGUGUAGACCAAAAUUCACCACAAUAUGGACGGAAUAUCAUAGUCAUCUUAAUGGUCAGUAUACCUGUAAAUCAUUCACAUGAUUCCUGUAAACGUAACGAGCCAGUUAAUAGCCGUAAAGACAGUGGGUCGUGCUAACAUUUCUUAACAAGUUUUACGCCCUGCUCACACUCACAGGGCGAACUGAUUUUAUGAAUAGCAAAAGCCGUGCAAUUUGCCAAAAAGAUCUGUAUAAAUUCUAAUUCACAACCCAUAAUCCACAAGUUGCAGACAGUAUCGCAUUUCCCCACAAAGAAUAAUUUUUUUGUAAAAUAGACAUAACAUAAAAACAAUAACAGAGUUGUCAACGAAAAAAAGAGAGUGGCAUACUCCUAUGUUACACGGCAAGUACAUACACGUAAGUAACAGUGAUGAGAAUUUUUGCUGUAAGCACUCAUGUAAACAACUACAAUACAAUACACACUAACAGAAUGCAAUUAAAGCAACCACUGUGAAAUACAUUAGAAAUAAAGAUUACAUACAAAUAACAAACUUGUUGUCAUAUAAAUUUGUGCAAUAUACAAAAAACGUACAUACAUGCCUAGUUAUUUAACGUUAGUGAAACCUGCAUAUAUGUAUAUUUGUUUAUGUAUUUUGUUUCUCUCUUUAUUAUAAAAGUACACAUAAAAAUUAUAAAGAAAUAUAGUUUGUAAAAAUUGUAUAAUUAGGUAACAGUAAACUGUUAAAUUUUAAUAUGUGUGCUGAUCUACUGCUAGUGCGCCUUGAAGUGGGCUAAAAAAUGGAAAAACAAUUUUAACAAAUUAAAAAUUAUGACUAUAAUGCAUCACUUGAUUAAGCUUCACCAAUAAUUAUUAAUUAUAUAUUGUUUUUGUUUUUGCGAUAGAAAAUUCCACAAAUAAUUGUGUUUUUCCAAAUUUAAUAAAAUUCCAAAUAUUUUUUCAAGCUGGCCUUAUGUAUUAAAACGAAAAAAAAAAUAAUAAUUUAAUGCUGCAACGUUUAAUGUAAAAGUGCAUAUAUAAAUAUAUAUUAAUUGAUAAAAUGAAUCAACAAUUGCUGUUAAAUAAUGCAAGCUACAACACACACAAACACACGCAUACACACAUACGAUGCCAUCAUAUACAGACACUCGUUAAAUGCAUAUAAGAAUGUGUGAGAUUUUUCUGCAAAAAUUGAAGCAAAGCGAAACUUCAUUAAAUUAGAAAAUCACUAUAAAGUUUGUAAGAUUUCUAUUAAUGAGCAAGAAAAAGUAGUAGGAGCGCAGUAAAAAGGAAAUAAAUACAAUAUUUACAUUUUAAAAUAAAAAUAAGAAAAAAGGAAAAUAGGAAAUUAAUAUAUACUAUAAUGUUAUGCAGAUUCAAUUCAACUUAAAAUUCGAUUCAAUUAACUCAAUAAUAAUGUAACAAUGUAAUGUAAUGAACACUUAAGUAAUAAAUUGUAAAAGCGAAAAUAUAUACAAACAAACAUACAUAGAUAUAUUCAUGCAUAUGUAACUAUAUGUGAAAGUACUAAUUUUAGUAGGCAAAUUUAAUAAAAUGGUAGUUAAAGAGAUAUAAAUAAAUAAAGUUACAAUUUUAAAAUAAACCAGAAAAAAUCCAGCAUCUCCAAGCAUUCACAUUUUGGCGUACACAAUACAUAUAUACUCGUAAACAUACACCCCCUUUUGCCCAUUAGACAUGCAUAUAUACACAAAUACACAUACUUAGAUAUAAACACAUUUUCAUAGAUUUAAUACUUCUGUUCUGUCCCACAUAAGCCCCCUCGUAUAUGAAUUAAACCAUAUUUUCCACAUUCAUGCAUUCAUACAUACAUAUGUAUAUUUCCAUAUGCUAUAUAUGUAGGGUGGUAAUGCUGUUGUUGUAAUGUCAUGCACCUAUAUAAUUAUAUAUAUAUAUAUAUAUAUAUACAUACAUACAUGGCAUAUAUCACAACAAGCACACAAUCAAUCGACCAAUUGACCGAUUCAUUUCAAAUUGCAAUACAAACAAAGAACUCACAACAAAAGUAAUAAAAAUUACAUUUGAAUUAUUUAACAACAAUAAUAAAAUCGUUAAGCGAGUAACCCGCUCCUAUUUGGUACCUCCAUUCAUAUGUAAGUUAAUGUCUCCUUAGUUUAAUAAGGGAACUGGGUCUGGAUGAGGUACUGUGAUGAGUAGAGGGCGAAAAAGACCAUGAGGUCGAAGUACAAACAGCUAAUAAAUCGAAAUCUCCAUAGUACACCAAUGCUAUUCAAUAAAUGGAUAAUCAAAUUCUCUAUGGUUCCUCUUCUACAGCAGAAACAGAAAGAGCUAAAGUUUGUUCAUGUAAUUAGAAGUAGUAGUCAAAACUACCCAAAAUUGACCCCAAAUGCUUGGAGCUUGAACUAGUAACUGAUGGAAAUCUUCUAGAUGGGAACCGGUUAGAAAUAUGUCGUUUUGUUUUUGCAGAGCGCUUUCAACCCCAAUUUUAAUAACAACAUGUGUCAAAGUUGAGUACUGAAACUUCCUUCACUUCCAAGAAGUAAUCCAUGGGAAGUUCAACUGUUUACAAAACAUCAUACAAAUUGUUGGGAAAAUAUGAAAUGAUAAACAAAUAUUCGAUCUUCUUAAAUAUUUACAUAUUGCAAGGUAAAUUUUUUCACUUAGUCUCGAUUUACACAGGGAAACAUUUAGAAGGGUAAUAUUUUGUUCGUUGGACAGACGGGGAAGAGGGAAGGGUGUUUGUAUCCCGUACUGGCGAGACGCUUUGUGCUUCUUAUUCGUAUUGUCAAAUUUAAAGAAGUAAAUGUCAAAAGCAACGAAUGUUGCUAAAAAAAUGUUUGCCUGUGUGACCGAGAAUGAAACAUUAUAUCAGAAUUUCCGGCGGAUACUGGAUGUCUCUGUGCAUAAAUCGGGACUUAGGAGUGCAUAAGGAAAAGUUCCAGGCAACAUUAAUUUCCUACUGCGAGUACUACUACUGUUCUACUACUAAUGGUCAUAAACCCUUAAAAGCCCAGUCGUAAUCAGAAACGAGUAUGCCUCAAUAAUAAAACAUUAAAGAUAACUCAGUAAAUAAUAUUCAAAAAAUUAUUUUUUUUCCAGUCCACUUUAAUAUCAAGUAGAACGAUGGAGCUACAAAUUAGAAUCGUAAAAUGAUAUAGCUCAGUGGAAUGUUUCGGAGAUUUUAAAAUUUGAACAUAAUUUGGGACCUGAACGAGCCUACCCAGGCAUGCAAAGAUGAAUAGAAAGCAACCGCGCAUGAUUUUUUGAGACCGAAAACCUAUGUUAAUACAUAUACGAAUUUUGGAUAUUACCUGUGCCAUAUCGUCCCACGCCCAAUGAAUGGUUUUCGUUGGGGUUGCCAACCUUUAAAGCAGCCUCUCAGAAAGUAUUUCCUUACAUUGGGUUUGAAUUUUUCCAGUUUCAUAAGUCGUUCCUUAAGACACAAAUAAACUUAACGCCCUCUUUUGCCCACGUUUUGUGGCACAACAAAAAUAAAAUAUUAUUGCCUGUUAAUUUUUUAGCAAAUGUUUUCAUUUCUAUGCUUUUGAGUACUUUUUCUUUGGAAUUUGCUUUGAAAUAAAAAUUAGCUUUUACAAAAGGACGGAUUGAUUAAGUAGCGCAAGAUGGACGACACAGGAUGAAAAUGAGACAUCUUACAGCACUUCUAAUUAUUGUUUCAUCAGCCUAUUUGAUUAACUGAAUGGAAUAUUUUGAAGGGUAGAUACAAAAAAUUGAUAAUGAUUUUUAAGAAAAUUCAGUUAUUUUUUAAUAAAACAAAAAAGACUUACAAAUGUACAUUAGAAUCAAUUACAAUAUUUUCGAUUCAUAUUUGUAACAAGAAAACAAAUUAUAUACAUAUGUUACACUAUGCAACAAAAUUUAAUUUCGGCAUAUCACACAGAAUCCAAACUCGGCCUCAAAAGUGUUCCAACGUGUCGGAGUUUUGACAAAAUUGAACUCAAUGCGUCAUAAUGAAAGUGAACAUUGAAAAUAUGUAGGUGUGUGAAAAAAUACAGUGCAAUGCCAGUAGAAUUGAUUUCAGGGUACUGAGGCGAGCUUUCUAUUAUAACUGGGUGUUCCUCUUGGAAGAAUAUAAAUUAUGUACAUCAAAAUUACAAAUUCAGUUCAUUGCAUUUUAUUUAUUGAUGAAAUAUUGAACAUAGGUGGUGGUACAAAAAUAAUCAUGCAAUUUGGUUUUUGCAUAAGUUUUUUGUUAAAAAAAAAUUAUAUUGAGUGAUGAAAAUCUUUAUUUUGGACUUUACGCCCUCCAUUGUUUGUCUGGCGGUAUAAUGCUGCUGUCUAUUUCACAAGUAUCAGAUAUGAUUGAUGUUCGCCGCUAUUUGCAAAAAUUAUAAAUCUUCCAAUACCUUGUACUUACAUCUAUAAACAUUAAAUUAAUGGAACAUAAAUAUGAAAUCAAAUAUUUAGGAAAAAAUCGGUGAGUUUAGUUUGGAUUAUAGCUAAACAAAUUAUCUUCGAGCUAUUCGCUUCUUGCUUAAGAGAAUUCAUAGCCUUUUCAAUUCGAGUUCGGGGUGUUCUACAUCUGCAUUUUCUAGAUCUUAUUCAAGCAGCUGCUGCUACAAGUCUUGAAAUAAGUCAUUGUCCGGAUAUGCUUCUAUGCAAUAUUUUCAUGUAUUGUAAAUUCCAGUUUUUUACUAUUUUUCGGUAUUUUCCCAAUAGAAACAAGUCACUGAUCAUGAUGAAUUUUUCACUUAAUUGCACACUUUAAGCGAAUUGGAGCAAGUACCGAACUUUGCUUUUAACAGACAUUUUGUGCUGCAGAAGCUGGUUUCUACGUUACCAACUACACAAUAUACCAUUAUUUAUUUGAUGUUAGCUCCGGAGUCCAAUAACCGAGUUUUUUUCAUAUGCUUGAACUGGGAGUUGAAUAAUGGGUACACUAUAACAGAAUUUCCAUCAUAAACGAGCCCAUAAUAAGUAGUAUGUAAUAACUACUAAUAGUGGCUAUCGGUCGGCUCAUUUCGUUAAAAGUAAAUGAAAUUGUAAGUAAUAUAAGUUUACAGCUUUAUGUUAACGCCUGCUCUUAAAUGCUUAGGGCCCGUCAACAGCACUUGGGAACAUACUUUUUUACUAAACGAACUGACCAAGAUGCUUGUUUUUGAACGGUUUCCAAGAAUAUCGCUUCGUAUUUGGAAUAAUAAUACUGGGACUGAAAGGCCUCGAUUGGCAUGCAUACCUAAUAUUUUUUAUAAAUUUUGGCACCCAGGUUGUAAAGUAGAUAAUUAGCGCUUAAAUUUACAAAAUUUUCCAAAUUACAGCCACGUGUUUUUAUUCACUAUCGAUUCUGAAAAGUUGCUAAACUGGAUUUUUUUACGAAGCAGUUGAACUUUGUAUUGUACGAGGUCGCUGAAAGCACCUGACCCUCCCCAAAGCAUAACUCUCCGCCUCUGGCUACAAGCUCCACUUCCUAGGAAACCAGGUCAACUUAUGACCCAGGAAACCAGGCAACCUCAGACAUGCUUGAGCCUUAUAUAGGAUUUUCCACGAAAAACAUCAUCAUCGUAAGCUUGGAUAUGAUAGAGAAUGAAGUUCAGCUCCAUUUGGCCAUGGCACAUAGGCCUUCUGUUGUUCCAAAACUAAGUAAUUUUCUAGAAAACACUGAGAGUACCCAUUAUAAUAUGACCGUUUGUGCAGUAUAAGCAGAAACCCCAUUGUUCUGUCCUGCCUAGGUUCAAACCUUUCAGCUGUUGAAGUCAGAAUUCUUUAAACACUCUAGGACUUAGUACUCAUAUUUAUUCUGAAGAGCGAUGUUGAAUUCUUACUUUAACGGAAGUAACGUAGAGACAUCGCUUGUCUCAAAGAUAUCAGAAUACCUUUAUUUGGAAUUUUAGAAUUUGCUGUAGAAAAUACACAAAAGUAAUAAAUUGUAUUUUAUAUUUAAUCAAGAACAUUUUUUAGCGGUUUCGUCAUCAAUUCUUCAAAAAUUGGCUUAUUUAUAGGAUGAUAUAUUCAUCCAGAAGUAACCUGAAAAAAAUAAAACAAAAAAUACCUAUAAUACUUUUUGAGUUUUAUUUAAUGAUGAUAAUUUUGGUAAAGAGUUGUUUGCAGGGAAAAAUCUUAGGUUAUCUAUAAAAUUUUUAUAAACUUUUUAUAAUGUUUUAGGUAAAAUAUACUACAUAAAAUAAAUAAAUAUUUUUUAUUACAAUUUUUUUGGGAAAAUUUUCCCUUUUUUGACUUAAAAAAAAACCAUCAGAGUUUUUCUAAAUUUAUAUUAUUGUAACAAAGUAUUUUUUUAUUAAAAUUUGUUUAGAAAAUGUUUCUUUUUUGUAAUUUUUGAAGUCUUCUGAAGCACUCAAACCCUUUAAGAAUCAGAGAAAUAUUAAAUAAUGAAUCUAUAAAAAUGAAUCUUCGAAAUUAAUUCUUUGUUAUGUUGAAAAAUAAUCUAUGGAUAUAACAAUGCGCUUCUUUAAUGAUACGUGUAAAUUUAAUGAAGCUUUGCUGAGGACUUACAACAACAUAUAUACGAAGCUACCGUAACCCGUAAAAGAUGAAACGCAAUUCUAAAUUUCUGUGUAUGCAGCUCUGCAAAAGAUAAUAAAGUAGUAAAUGCCUCUGAAUUCUAUUACAUUAUUCAAGCGCUUUAGGCGCCAGAGGACUGAUAAUGCGUAUGUUUUUUGAAAGGCCGAAUUCUAAGCUUUUCGCGUUUUUUUUUGUUUUGCAAAGCACAAAUUUUUGGUUAUCAAAUCACUAAUACAGCUGAAAAAAAGUAUUUUAAGGGUUGAUAGGUUCUCAGAAAUUUUGAAUAAAACCAAAUUAAUUUUAUGGCUUUAAAUAAAAGCUGUUAAAAAUUCUGUUAUAAUUUUCCAAAAAAAAAAAAAAAACUCAAAUUUGACAAAACAAAUCUCUUUAAGUUUUGGUGUACAGUUUUCAGAUUGUUGUCUGUUGCAGGUGUGAACCCCAAUUUUUGCAGUCCUCUUGCAGUGGCCGGAGAUAUUUUAAUUUCUACUUUGAGCUAUCACAUGAUACAUACUUACAUUCGUCCAUCGCACAUAUACAUAUAUACACACACCGAAACAAGUACGUGUCUUCGCAUGGCACCCACACACAUACACAGAAUUCUUCGCAUUCUCAUUCGCAUCUUAAACGAACUACUCAAAUUAAAUUAAAUUAUAUUGGAUCAGAACAAAUCAGCAGUACCGAAAGUCAUGUCAUGUUCGCUCAUAAAACAAGCAUACAUUUCGCUACAUACUCGUAUGUGUAGGCAACGACACGGCAACGUCGUGCAUGUGCAGUUUUAAUGUCGUACAACUGCAAUAAAAAUACUAAUAAUAACAAACCAACAACAAUAACAACAGUAACAACAACACCGUACAAUAACAGUCGUAAAUCGCAAAAUUCCUAAUCGUCAACUAAAUCAAAUCAUCAAAGUUAUCUACCAUCAUCAGCCACCACCAACCACCAACCACAAAACCACCACUACCACCACCACCACCCCUUUUAAGAAUCGUCAUCAGUAACAUUAUUUGCAUCUACUCGUACAUAAAUGAACAUCAAAAUUAAAAA